CUAUUUGGUCUACGUUCUCCGGGCAGGUUAUCGACCUUGUAAACAGGCUUACGUCUUUACUUUUUAUUUAUUUAUAGAGAACGACAUUAAACGAGUGAAAGUAAGCUGCCUUAUGUCUGAGGAAUUCGUGUUUUCCAAGCGAAUUAUGUAUUUCUAAUUUCAUGUUGGAAAGACGCUCAUUGGUCUCUUUCGUUUUACGUUUUGACGUUAUUAGGCUUUCGCUUCUUGUCUUCGUCGCCUGUUUGAACUUCUGUGGCUCAGCAAUUUGGAUCCACCAGACGAUGAGUUGCUGGUUAUAGAAGAAUGAGGACUUCUUCUUUCUCCAUGUAAGAACACUGUAGACCAACGUUGAAAGGCAAGCGGCCAUGGUCAAGCUGAGCUGCUGUGAAUCCAUGCUGAGAAAGAGAGGGAGAAAAGGAGUGUGUGCGGGUUACUUUCGAUGGUGGUCAUCUGUACUAUUUUCCUCAUAAACCUGAGACCAUGCUGCACUCAAACUCCAGUGGUUGAAGAAUUGACUUGCAAGUAAAUGUUGUUCUUUGGAUCCCCUGUCUUCACACACCGCCCUGUGGAAUUGGUCUCACCAAGUCUCCAGUGACGACCCCCCCCUCUACCCUCACCUACAAUGGUUUAAUCCACAUCCGCAUCUGGUCACCAUGAUGAUGGCCUCCAUGGUUGCCAAUGGAAACAGGGAUGGGCAGGCACUGGUCCUGACAGGGGUGGACCCAGAGACCUGCAUGAUUGUGUUUAAGAACCACUGGGCACAGGUGGUAAAGAUCCUGGAGAAGCAUGACCCCCUCCGGACCACCAACCACCUGGUUUCCGGCCUGGGCAGCAUCGGCCUCUCCGGCAGCCACGUGCGGUUCGGCGGGCCUGUUCCGGGCGACGAGGCCAGCGCCGUGCAGAACUACGUGGAACACAUGCUGUUCCUGCUCAUGGAGGAGGACGCCGGCCAGGCGGGAGCCAUGGGGCCCAUCCUGGAGUUUGUUGUGAUGGAGAACGUCAUGGAGAGGCUCUUCCUGUGGAGCCUGAGAAGGCAGUUCACUGACGACAUGAAGCUGGAGCAGCUCAAGAUGUACGAGAUGAUUGUGGGCCAGGCACGGCAGCCCCUACUGCACCACAAGCCGGUGCUCCGUCCCCUCAUGAUGCUCCUGUCGUCGUGCUCGGGGACCCCCACCCCAAGAGUGGAGGCCGAGCUGGUGCUGUUGCUGAACCAGCUGUGCUGCGUCUUGGCCAAGGAUCCCUCCGUUUUAGAGCUGUUCUUCCACACCAGUGAGGACCAGGGGGCGACCAACUUCCUGAUCUUCUCCCUGCUGAUUCCCUUCAUCCACCGGGAGGGCCAGGUAGGCCAGCAGGCUAGAGACGCCCUGCUCCUCAUCAUGUCGCUGUCGGCGGAGAACCAGCGCGUGGCCCAGCACAUCGCGGAGAACACCUACUUCUGUCCGGUGCUGGCCACUGGCCUGAGUGGCCUGUACUCAUCCCUGCCCACCAAGCUGGAGGUUUCCAGCGAGGAGUGGCACUGUCUCCACAGGGAGGACUGGCUGCAGAUGCCCGCCCUGGUCCAGUUCCUCAACUCCCUGGAGUUCUGCAACGCCGUGAUUCAGGUGGCGCACCCCAGCAUCCGGGACCAGCUGGUCAACUACAUCUACAACGGCUUCCUGGUGCCCGUGUUGGCGCCAGCCCUCCACAAGCUGACCCUGGAGGAGGUGAUGACCACCACGGCGUACCUGGACCUGUUCCUGCGCUCGGUGUCCGAGCCGGCCCUGCUGCAGACGUUCCUCACCUUCAUCCUCCUCCACCGCCACGAGAACGUCCACAUCCUGGACACGCUGGUCAGCCGGGUCAACACUCCCUUCCAGCUGGGCACUGUUUCUCUGGCACUGUUCCGGACACUCAUCGGCCUGUACUGUGAGGAUGUCAUGCUACAACUCAUCUUGAGGUACCUGGUCCCCUGUAACCACAUGAUGCUGAGCCAGAGGCGUGUGGUGAAGGAGAGGGACUGCUACUCUGUUUCGGCCGCCAAGAUCCUGGCUCUCACGCCCUCCUGCUGCUCGCCCGAACACAGCCCCCCACCCCUCCGACAGCUGGACUCCAUCCUGUGGUCAAAGGGCAAUGAGAGCAGUCCCCACACCGGCCCCAUGGAGACUGAGGAGUCUUGCCUGGAGGACGGCUCGGGCCACUCCUGCAUCAUCGGCUCCGAGAUCUACCUGGAUGUCAGCUAUCUGCAUUACCUCUAUGACGCCCGCCUCGGCAUCAGCAGCUGUAUCCGCGCCUGCCGGGUGUGGUCGGCCCCCUACGACGGAGAGGACCCCCCUCCGGACGAGUACCAGGCCAGCGCCCUGGAGGAGGCGGGGGCUUCCCGGGGACGCCGCGCCCAGAUGGUCAACCCCAAGGGAGCGCAUCCUCAUCCGCGCCCUCGCCCCCCCUGUCAGACCGCGGGCCCGGCCCCCAUGAACCAGCUGGAGCUGGAGUGGGAUGAUAGUUAUGACGCUGGGCCGCCGGCGAACGCCGAGACGACCGCCGCUGAGAGGCCCGCGCAGCCGCUGGCCCCCGAGCCUCCCAAACACAUCCAGGCCUUGAGGAGAACCGCCACCAUGCUGGUUAAAGGCUCCUACAUUGAGGAGUCAGACUUCCAGGACGACGUCAUGGUCUACAACCUGGUGGCAAAAAAGGACGUCCGCGAUACGUUGGAUGGUCGCAGAUCCAGCCAGGAGACUGAAUCGAAGGGGUCCGAAACGGAAUCGCAAUUGAAUGACAACGGACAUGGUUUCGCGGAUUCCAGUCGGGAGGUGCAAGAGGUUCCCCUCAGCAAUGGCCUCAGUCUACCACUCCAAAGGGCCACCGUGGAGGUCGGCUCGGACACCGAAAGGUCAAAGGAGGUUAAGGAAAACAUUGCAGACCACAACUCCAAGGUUCAGAGCCCCACAGCUACCGACAUUGGGGACGAACUUGUGGCACAGUACGAGGAGCUGAUUCGUACCCUCGGGGGCGGAGAGGUGGGAGCUGGGACUGAGGGGAGAGAACCCUUCCAGAACCCUAUUGUCACUCCCACCGAGGAGGACGAGAUGGACUUCGGCUCCUUUUCUGUGGAUACGCCAGAGGUGGAUAAACAUGCCCCGUCACUGUUUGGGACCAAGCUCCGCAGUGGGAGUGCUAGGAGCCAGCCGUUGCCUUUCACAGGUCCGUUUGUCAGCGUUCUGCUGUCUCGUCUGGAGAACAUGCUGGAGAACUCGGUCCACGUCAACCUGCUGGUGACUGGCAUCCUGGCUCAGCUGGCCGCCUAUCCCCAGCCCCUGCUGCGGUCCUUCCUCCUCAACACCAACAUGGUGUUCCAGCCCAGCGUACGAUCCCUUUACCAGGUACUGGCCUCCCUUAAGAAUCAGAUUGAGCAGCUGGCCUCGACCAGGAAAGACUUUCCAGAGCUGAUCACGUCCGCCCAGCAUUGCCUCCUGGCCAGGGAGAGUUCACUCAUAGGCCACGACACAAAGAGGGGGGAAAGCAGAGACUGUUUCCCCAGGGAGGCGGAGAGGAUGAUGAAGAGCUCUCCUCCUCAGCUCAAGACCAUCUCCAUGGCCAGGACGGAGGUGUUCGCAACCGUCCUCUUCACCGAGUUCCUCAAGGAGCUGGCCGCAAUUGCCCAGGAGCACUCCAUCUUAUCGCACAUCCCAAUGGAGGAAUAACUGUCACGUUGUUAUAACGUUGUAAUUAUGAUGUCAUGUUAUGGCAUAGUAAUGUGAUCUUAUAAGGGAGGAAUCUGGUAUCCUUCCUGAACUGAUUUUAUAUAUAUAAAAUCUUUUUUUUUUUUUCUUCAGCAUUACUUGAUGAAGCAGAAUUUACCUCCUGGAUUGAUUCACUCUUUUUCUCCCUUUCUGUGAGGUAGUUUUUAAAUAAGGAUACAGUAUAUAUUUAGGUUAAUAUAUUUUAAUAUAAACCAUUAUAAAAUCAGUGGACUGUAAUGGAAAUAAAUACAACAGGAAUCACUCACACAUUUGGUGCGUCUGGCCGAGACGCCCUCAGACACAACCACGUGUCGCAUCCUGGGAGCAGGUUGUGUGAUCUAUAACGACCGGAGGGUGCUGACCAACUUCAAAGCCUGCACCAACCAUUAACAACGCUGAAAUGAAAGCUUGGGGCUAUUCAAACCAUAAGCCUCACGGAGCAACAGGAAGUCAAUAGACAACGAGACCUGGAGAUGUCAACGGUCCCUUCACGUAGGCCUACAGCGUUGCAACUCACUAAUGUCGUUGUGCGGUCCUGGUGGCAGCACACUCUCCAGUGAGCAGCACUGUAUGUCUUGUUAGGGUGGCCGCCAGUGUGGACAUUACAUAUGCACGGCUUUACACCCGUGGUGGGGCUUUGCUAAUGCCUUAGGACCCUGAAUAGGGCCCUUCACGCACUUCUGAAUGGGACCCUGUUUCUGAGGAGCUCUACCUCUGGACCGUUCACUCUCCUACCUGCCACUCCAUAGGUUACACGUGUCGGUGUCAAAACCGGGGAGCGCGUGGGAUUGACAUUCUGUCCACAUGCAGAGGGCUAGUUUUGGCAUCUCGAGGGCAUGGUGUGUUGCGUUUCACCGUGGAGUGGUGUAUCUGGCGCUCACUGCUGUACGACGUCGACUAAAGCAUGCAGAUUUACGCCAGACUUGCUCUGCCCGGUAAAUGGAUGGUAAAUACCCUUUUGGGUACAAAAAAACCCGACUCCUGUUCAGUAGACAUGUUUUCAAGUCGAUAUUAGCUGUUCGGGGUAGAAAUUGUCCAGUCAGUUUAGCAAUGUAGUUAUUACAGGAGAUGUCUGGCAAAGUACAUGGGUCACUGAACGAACACUGUUUAAAAUGAUCUCUCCAAUAGAAGCUUUACAUUUCAGGUGAUGCCCUCAAGAGCAUAUCCCAAAUGGCACCAUAUUCCCAAAGUAGGGCACUACAGCUCUGAAAGUAGGGCACUACAUGGGACAAAGUCUGCUGACUGGGAAGCACUCUGUGUCUUAGCCUUAAUUUAAUACUGUAUAUUUGUGUUAAAGAAAUAUGUUUUGAAGAAACUGCACAAUAUGCAAAUAGGUUUUUCGGGUGUAAGAGUACUUUGUGACAGGGAUGGAUAUUUAAUAAUGUACUGUUUUGUAGAGAAAGGUUCUAUUGCCAUAUUUUUUCACAGGAAUUUUAACUAAAGAGUUGUUCGAUCUUUGUCCUCAUUGCUGUUCUUGGGGAAUGCAUGUCGCCUGUUUUUUGAGUCAAGUUUUCAUGUGACAUGGUUGGUUCCUUUAUUACCAGGCACAUUAAGCAUUUAGCGUGGGCCAACCUGCACACCGCAGUUAUCCAGGGCUGAUAUGCUCCAUUUCAUAAUUUGUUCAAUUUUGAAUUCCAGGCUAAGUUAUGGGCUACCAUUAACGUUAAAUUAAUUGCCUUGCUUUUAUCUAUUUAAACUUAAUACAUAAAUGAUAUGAUUUAAACCAAGCAGACACUUUGUUACAAUGCUUUCAAAAUGUUUGGUGCCUGAAUUUGGAUUGCAUUACUUCCGAGUUGCCUACAGUAUACUUUGGGCUAAAAUAAGGCACCAAGCUGAACUAAACCAAAUACGUUUUUACUGUUUCAUAAAGGUUAGCCACGGUAUGCCCUAAUGAACACCACCAAAGCGGCGUGUGUGGAUGAGGCUGUGAAGGCUGAUAUCACUUGUAUGCUGGAACUAGUCCACAAAGUGGACAACGGUACAUUUUGCUACAUUCAGUCACAGACACCACUUUCUGUCUCACAGAAUUUCAACCCUGAAGUGGUACAGUUACAUUCAGUAGCUUCCUCCCAGGUUUCAUUCCAAAGAUGAGUAAAAUACAAUCUCCCUUCCUGGUACUAUUAGCUAACAUUACAAAUUAACAAGACUUUGUCAGGUUACUCAUGCUAAUGUCAGAGGCACCAAGGCAUUCUUUUAAUAAAGACACAUCUUCAACAAA